GGAUUCCACAUCAUCCUUGUUGAACCUGUUGAAGGAGAGUUCAUAAACACUGGUCAAGACAGUGUUGAGUUGAACUUUUGCUCAGCAAAACAGAAAAUGGGGCUUGAUUUUAUAGGAAAUCCUUAUGAGCAAGAUGAAUUAGGUGAUAGUGAUUUUGAGAUAAAUGGAGAAGAUGAUUGGGUUACACUUCCUAAUGAUAUGGUGAUUCUGGAAAACAGAGACGCGGUCGAUAACCUCCUGAACACGACCUUCGAUAUGGCGGAAACGUCCGACGACGACACGUGGCCGGACGAGUUCGACGACCACGAGGACGUCGACGACGACGACUACAAUCCCGACGACGAAGACUACGAGGCGGAUCAGGAGGUGGAGGACGUCGCCGUCAAUUUCUUCUUCGACGACACGGACUUCGAUGAGGAUGAAGAUGACGACGACGACUAUGUCACGCUUGCUGUGAGUCAUUCGGCCAGUAGCACACCGUCAGCAACCAUCAAGACAACACCAACAGAAACGAAUACAAACAGUCCGGACAACGCUGAUACCGACUGA